GCUGCGGCGGCACCACGUGUCGGGGCGGGGAGCGGCGGCGGGGCCGGGCCGGGCAACGCCACCCCCAGCGCCGCAGCGACAGCCGGAGCCACAGCCGGAGCCCGAGCCACAGCCUGAGCCAGAGCCACUGGCACAGCCACAGCCUGAGCCACAGGCACUGGCACAGCCAGAGCCGCAGCGGCAGCGCAGCCCCGCUCAGCGCAGCCCCGCUCAGCGAAGCCCCGCUCGGCGCAUCCCCGCUCGGCGCAUCCCCGCUCAGCGCAGCCCCGCUCGGCGCAUCCCCGCUCAGCGAAGCCCCGCUCGGCGCAUCCCCGCUCGGCGCAUCCCCGCUCAGCCCAGCCCGCUCAGCGCAUCCCCGCUCAGCGAAGCCCCGCUCAGCCCAGCCCCGCUCAGCCCAUCCCCGCCGCCCAUGCCCGGUGCCCGCUGCCGGCGGCGCCGUGACUGAGGAGCGAUGGGGCCCCUGCGGGAGAGCAGCAAGGAGCAGAGGGCGCAGCUGGAAAGGGAGGUGUCCCGCAGCCGCAUCCCCCGCUUGGUCCUUCGGCCGCAGCAGAAGGUGUCUCCCGCUUCCGAAUCGCCCUUUUCGGAAGAGGAGAGCCGGGAAUUCAACCCGCCCAGUUCCUCCGCGGGCUCCGGCAGGACCAUCAGCAGCAACAGCUUCUGCUCAGAUGACACUGGCUGUCCUAGUAGCCAGUCAGUAUCUCCAGUUAAGACUCCUUCUGAUGCUGGAAACAGUCCCAUCAGUUUUUGCACUGGUAGUGAUGGAGACUUCUCCAGGAAGAAAUUCAGUCCAGGGUCAAUGAGUGAAGGGAACACACAGCUGGCUCGAUACAAGAAGGAGACAAAGACAAGCCUUGUAAAGCCUGGCAGUGAAGCUGAUUUUAGCUCCUCCAGCAGCACGGGCAGUAUUUCAGCACCUGAAGUCCAUAUGUCGGCUGCUGGAAGCAAGAGAUCUUCUUUUUCUCGCAAUCGUGGUCCUUAUGGUCGGAAUAAUGGAUCCUUAUCCUACAAGUCUGGAGCCAGUCCACCUGCUUCACAUGGAAAGGACACUUCAUCAACACUGUGCAAAAACCAUCUGAGUCCUGCCAACAUCCAUCAGAGUUACAGGGCUUCUUCAGCCAGCAGCAGCAACUCGGGCUCAUACAAAGGAAGUGACAGCAGUCCAGUGAUGAGGCGAUCAGGGAGAUACAAUUCUUGUGGUGACAAUCACAGCAUUAAGCCACAAAAUCCAGAGCAGUAUCUGACCCCUCUGCAGCAGAAAGAAGUGGCAGUACGGCACUUGAAAACCAAGCUGAAGGAAUCUGAAAGCAAACUUAAAGAAAGGGAAACAGAAAUAGAAGAGCUCAAAGCUCAGCUGGGACGGAUGAGGGAAGACUGGAUUGAGGAAGAGUGCAAUCGUGUGGAGGCAGAGCUGGCCUUAAAGGAAGCAAGGAGCGAAAUUAAACAACUCAAGCAGGUUAUUGAAAGCAUGAAAAACAGCUUGGCUGAGAAAGACAAAAAAAUUCAGAAAUACUUCAUAGACAUAAACAUUCAAAACAAGAAACUGGAAUCUCUGCUGCAGAGCAUGGAGAUGGCUCAGAACCACUCUGUGAGGGAUGAGCAGUGCCUGGAGUACACGAGCGACUCAGAGGGGAAGCUGUUAGCUUUGUGUGCCACCCUGCCAGACUGCCCCAUCACAGAGGACCAAGGUCUGCAGGAGGUGGCAGACAGUGAUCUGCAUCUUGGUGAGGACAGAGCUAACGGGACUGACUCAUCUGGAGAGAGUUUGACCACCACAACCUCUGGGUUGAGUGAUCCAGCUCCCUUCAGUGCUGCUGUAAAUAAAGAGAUGCUUGAAAUCUUUCUGGAUGGAAAACUAACUUAUUGUCAGGAAGAAGAAGAAAGCAACACGACAGUGGAACAGGCCAUCCAGACUGAUGUGGUGCCAUAUAGCUUAGAUGUGGAGCAGCUCAUUCAAAACAUCUUCAGGGCUCAAGACACCUGUCCUCUAAGCCCACCUUCUUCACUGAAGGAAUUGGGUGAAUUUUCUCUUGGAAGCUUCAGUGAUUCUGGUAUCAUAGUGGACUUAACUCCAAGUGAUCCCAACUCUGCCAUCCUUUUGUCUCCUAUGGAGUCUCCAUGCAGGAAGGUGGAGCACAGAGUUAAUGAAAACCGUUUCAUGAAAGAACUUGAUUUUACAGAAACUCAUGAUGAUGAAGCCUUUGAGUAUGUUAAUACAGGAGUGAAGAGGAGAUACUGGAGCAGCAGUCUCCUCGGGGAUCUUCUGGCUGUAGCAGCCCCUGUUGUACCAACUAUUGUGUGGGCUUUGAGUACUCAGAGAGGAGGAACAGAUCCUAUUUACAAUAUUGGAGCAUUGCUUCGUGGUUGCUGCCUGGUGGCCCUGCACUCCUUACGCCGAACACCCUUCACUAUCAAAACCUAAAGUCUGCUCUGUCCCUGGGCACCAGCUGGCUGAGGCAGAGAGAAAGAGGGAUGAGAUAGAUCAUGAAAGGUUACUGUAUAUUCUGGCAGAGUCCAUCAUUUGCUUUUGACUAUUUGAUUUGCACUAUAAAACAGUUCAGAAACAUGUUCCUUGUUUCAAAAUAGAAAAAAACAAAUAAGCUCAACCUCGUAAUUCCACAAGAUGUUUUUAACAGUACUGCUGUUUACAGAAAUAGUCCUCCUGCUCAGAGGCACCAUGUUCCUCCCCUAUGCUGGUGACUUUCUGGUGCCAGCACAUCUGCACAGUGAACAUAACCAGGGAAAUCAGGAAUUCGAGCUGAGUGCUCUUUCAUGUUCCACUGCUGAGCCAGGAUUAAGCUCAGCCACUCUCCCUGGAUGGUUCACUGAGCAAAUGUACAAGCACACUGCACUGGCUCAAGGGUAGUGCGAGAUGCACGAGGGAACAAACGGCCAGAGAAGGGUGGGGUGUUUCUCUAGACAGCACUAACCUUCCCCUAGGGUAUCACACCUGAGCUCCAGAAAGCAUGCUAGCGCUUUCCAUUUGUUGUCCCAAGUGUCAGUUCAAGUUAGAGGUAAAACCCGUGUUCCCCAGGCAGCUUCCAGCACAUCGUUUGUGCCUGUCUCAUGUAGUGCUCUUCUCAACUGUGCAAUUGCUUGAGCAUUUCACUGGUCUUGUGCGCAUACAGGGACUGUAACCAAAAAUGUACAUUGUUGGGAGUCCUAACACUUGUUACAACGAUAAGUAUAGGCGUGGAUACACUUUGACUCUUAAUGUUGUUUUAAAGUCUUUAUGUAUUGAAACCCCAUAGUCUUUUGAGCCCUUUGAAAUACUAUGUAUAAAUGUAUUGUGUUUUAACUUAUUGUUUAUUUAAUUGCUUUAUUGUAAAAUACCUUUAUAAUCACAAGUUCAGUAAAGCAUGAUAGAAAUGUCAAA